AGUAAAAAGUGAUGUGCAAACAGUUCUUUUUCAAACUGGUGCAUGCCUUUCUUGCACUUGAAAGACUUUUAGGCUUGAUGUUAGCUGACGGGCCUUUGCUAGAGAAAAUCCAUCUUCUGAAAAAGGCAUAAAUUCAGGAAGUAUUGCAUUUACAAUCAAUAUCACGUCUCACUAUUCUUAAGUCUAAAUACUUUCCUAGCAAGGUUCAUAAUUAUAACUUGUGCGGUGAUAUUUACAUAUGUCCCACAGAGGCCUUAGCCAGUAGUCAGCAGCUCCCUGAUAAAAUGAAAUAAAAGCCCUGAACAAAGUGCAGAGAACGCAGCGGGGGCUGUGAGGGGAGGAGGGCAGCAGCAACAUGGCGUUCUUCAGGAGCUUCCAGCAGAGCCUGCCUUCUGUCUCCUCCAUCCUGGACUCCGUCUCCACUGCGGUGGACGACUUGGCCAGCGCCGUGGGUGACGCCACCUACACUGUGAGCGACCAGCUGGUGGAGCAGGUCAGCACAAUCAUGAACAAGGCUCAAACGGAGGAGGAGGAGAAGGAGGAGGAGAGCGCUGGGAGGGCGAAGGAGGCGUCCGGGCGCACAGGAGGACGCAGGGCGGAGGAGGACCGCUCCCGAGACCACGGGACGAGGCCCGCGCGCUCAGCCGAGGCCUCCGCCAAAUCAGACCGCUACCAAAGCCCCGGUGAGGGAAUUCGGGAGGAGGGGUGCAGGAAGACGAACACACAAAAGGUAGAAGAGGGCAAAGCCAAGGCAGGAGGCAGAAGGGACAUGCUAGUGGAAGAGAGGAGUUCGCACUCCAGCCCCAAAGGCAAGUCCCGAAAGUGCAGAGAUGGCUCUGGAGAAGACUCCACGUCUCCAUUGCACAGCAGAGCGGUGGGAGGGAGGAGUCAGAAAGCUCAAGGUGAGACCACCUCCUCUUCUACAGAUAGGGCUACAAGAAAAGACAAUCUGAUUCCAAACGGAGCGGCAAUCAAUGGAGACUGCCAGAGAGACACCCCCGAAGAAUCCCCGCCCCCUUAUUCCAAACCAGGGAAGGACAGGAUCGGACGACAGACAAAGGCAAAUGUAAAAGAGAGAAUGGAAGAGGAGAAGAGUCAGGAGAAAGAGAUGGUCUUCGACACUGCACAGACGCCCAAGGAAACUGGAGCGUUGGAGGAGGAGUCAAAGUCUCCCAAAUCAGGCAAAGAGAAAGAGGACACAAAGAAGGCGGCUCGAGCCAGAAAGAGUCAGAAAGAGUCCUCAGGAAAAAACUCUAAGAUAUGCAGAGAUGGUACCAAGAAAGAGAGAAGCAGAGAGAACACUGGUAAAGAUGGGGACUUGUGGGAGUCCUCCUCAGAGAGCGAUAGCGAGAAGACAAAGAAGCCGGCGGAGUCUGUGUCUGUGUGUCACUCACAGGCAGCGACGCGUGGGCCAGACUCCCAGAGCCAGCACAGCUAUGGCUGGGAGACCCAGCAGAAAUACAGCCCCCAUUCUGCACAGUGCGGAGGCUACAGCAGUGAAGCAUCCACAGAGGAGGCAAACUGCAUCCAGAGGAUAAGCCGCGGCCACGCGCUGGAGGAGCAGCGUCCGCCCCCCUACCAGGACGAGCGCGGCGGCUCGCGGCGCUCGCCCCGCCAGCCCGCGGACGCGCGGCGUGGCAAGCGGGAGCCGUCUCGCCGGAACGCCCCGGCCAAGCGCCGGUCCCACGGCGGGGGGCGCGCCAGCGACGGCAGCGACGAGCGCGAGCCCGAGGGCCGCCAGAAGGGGCAGGAGGAGGACGUGCCGAGCGACAGCACCGCCGUUCUCGGCCCGGAGGAUAUGUCAGCUCAUGGGUCAGCCCUGCUUCUCUCCAAAGGUUACGAGCCAGAACCGCUUGCCAAAUAUGGCACCCUGGAUGUGGCCUUCGACUACGACUCGGGAGAGCAGAGGCUGGCGGUCACGGUGACGGCGGCGACGGACAUCCCGGCCCUCAGACGCACGGGGAACGUGUCCUGGCAGGUGCAUCUCGUCCUGCUGCCCACGAAACAGCAACGGGCCAAGACAGGGGUCCAGAAAGGCCCCUGCCCCGUCUUCACCGAGACCUUCAAGUUCACCUGCGUGGAGUCCGAGACCAUCGGCAGCUACGCCGUCCGCUUCCGCCUGUACAGCGUGCGGCGCAUGAGGAAGGAGAGGGUGAUGGGGGAGAAGGUGUUCUAUCUCACCAAACUCAACCUUCAGGGCAAGAUGUCUGUGCCUGUUACCCUGGACCCUGGCUGCACACUCAAGCAGGGCUGUGGGUCCCUCAGGAGCGUGUCCUGCAGCGAAGGGGUGUCGUCCUAUCGGUCAGCGGGACAGACGUCCAGGCCUGAGAUCCUCCUCGGGCUCCUCUACAGUUCCACCACCGGCCGGCUUUCCGUGGAGGUUAUCAAGGGAAGCCACUUUAGAGACAUGGCCCCUGGCAAACCACCCACCCUGUCUGAUGGGCUGUUCUGUUGCCUGAAACACUUGAUAGGAGGGCAGCUAUAUAUAAUCCCCGACACGUACGUGAAGCUCAGCAUGAUGGACUCAAUGGGCCAGGAGAUGUCCAAGUGCAAGACGUCCACCUGCCGAGGGCGGCCGGACCCCACGUACAAGGAGACCUUCGCCUUCCAGGUGGCGCUCUUCCAGCUGUCGGAGGUGACGCUCCUGCUGUCGGUGUACUGCCGGCGGGGAGUGAAGCGCAGGGACCGGGUGGGCUGGGUCUCGCUCGGGCUCAACAGCUCCGGCGAGGCGGAGACCUCGCACUGGGCCCAGAUGAGGGAGGCCGAGGGACAGCAGGUGUGCCGCUGGCUCACGCUCCUGGACUCCUAGUCCUCCUCGUUGGAGGAACGGAGUGAAAGAGCGGCGUUUUAGCUCAACGGGAGGAGGCCAGGCCUUCUUGCAAGUCGCAGCUGGGAGCGAGGGUCCCUCGGUCAACCAGCGAAGACUGAGGUGUUUUUAGCGAGGAAACGCUUCAAACAACCCUGCCAGAGGGAAGCUGGCAGGCUGCUGAUCAGUUUUGCGAGCAGGAGCAAAGGGUGAUUUGGCGCAGGCUGAACCGACGGAGGACUGGUUCUGUUCACAGAGAUGACUGUUUAUUUCCGUAGGCCGACACCGAGCUGGAAUAAUACAGGGUUGGACUUAAAGGCAUGUUUCGUCAAAGCAGUACAAAAGAAAAUCCUAUUUUUAAUUAAUCAAUGGAUUAACAAGGAGAUAAGUAAAUCCCACAUUGAUUAAUUUAAGGACACGUGUUAAUUCAAGGAUUCCAAUACUUUAAAAAAGUAAAUGUACUAUGUUCCUGCACGUUUCAGUGACAUUUCUGUCGUUUUAUACAAUACUGAAAUUGAUUGUCUUUGGUUGUGCUUCUAUGAUUCCAGCCUUCAUCAGACAAUGUGCCAGAAAUCUGAGAGGCAAAUCACAGGCCUUAUGCAGAACAGCUAAACAUUGCACUUUUAACAGUGACAUCAAUAAAUUAUUGUAAUUAAAAGAAAAUAAUUAAAAGAAAAAGUAAUUUAAGGUAAAAUGAAUAGUUUACAUUUUGUAAAGUAUAUUGAAUUCUCUUCACAUUAUGCAGCCAAAGAUACUGAUGGUAAAAUCUGUAACAAAGUGAAUCAGGCACGAUGGUCCUAUGGAGUAGUUGGGCCUAUGCAAUCUCAUUGUCGUGCUGUGUGGGAUAUUGAUGCAAUGUGGAUUUGAUGAUGAUGUCAAAUCAGCUGGUACUUGCUAAUUACUGUUUAUUUAAUCUCAAAAUGUUUUCUCCAAUUUUAGAUUCACGAUGAAAUGUUAUUUUUUUAAUAUCAUGGUAGGUAUUCUUUACAAUAUAUCACAUUUUAAGUUACCGCCAACCACACUGUGGUUUUACUCUUUAAUUCUUGGUAUGUAACCUGUCAUCUGUUUAAGCAUGUCCAUGCUAAAAUGUAUUUUCAGUUAAUAUGUCAUAAAAUGUAAAUGGUACAUACUAUAUUAUUGCUUAUAAUAUAGCAUAUUUUUUAUAUAAAAUAUAUUACUAAACACUAGAUAUAUUUUGACAGGCUUUUUCAUACAGCUUGAUCUCAGCAUGCACCUUUAAUAUUAAUGUCAUUCUUAUUAAAGGGAACUGAAUUAAUAUGUAAUGUUUUAUUGUCAAAUAACAUUUUUGAGAAUACAAAGAGUGGGAUGAUGUUUUCUUAGCAAAACAGAUUGUUGCUAAAACAAGUAUUAAUAAUAAAAUAAAUGCAUAUUUCUGAUGAUGUGAAUUCACAGUUGACAUAAAUGAUAAUCUUAAAUAAAUAAUGCAGAAAUGGAAGGUUUUCUGUUGAUAAGUUGCAAGAGUAAAACUGUUGUCCUUUUUCCCUUAGUCGUGACUGUGUUUUAAUAUUCAGAUUUUUACAAAAAUGAAACCAAACAAACAAACAAAUAAAUAAAUACAUAAAUAAAAUCAA